AUGGAACUUGUAAAUAAAUCUGUAGCUUGUAAUUGUUUUUGCUACAAAAAGAAAAAAACAAUAUUUCUUAACCAUAACAUUUAUUUACUUCUUUCAGAUUCAUGGUCCACGCCCAUUGAAAAGCUUACAUUUUGGAAAUCUGAAGGUUGGGUUAAAUACGAUUAUAAAACAUCAAAUUCGACCAUGUUACGCUUGUACUACGAUCAGCUGUUUAUAAUUGAUAACGAUAAAAUUCUUGAAACUUUCAAUAUGAACAGUAAACUGAGGGGAAUUUACAAAGAAGAUGUGCUUAUUUUGAUCGCAAGCGGAAACCGCCAAGAAAUACGGAAGCUUAAGUUUCAAAUAUUAUCAAAAUCGUCUUAUUACUUUGAAAAAUUGGCUAAUCAUUUUCUUGUUACUUGUCACAAAAAGGCUACUAAAAGUGAUGACAUUAUUUACCGUAAUAUUGAAGAUAUAUUCCGAAAGACAAUAGAAAGUAAUGAUCACGGUGGUCCUACAACUCAGCUGCCAACAAACUAUGAAAAUUUUGUGAAGUUGUGCUUGCUAGAUCCAACAUUCCCAUUUGUAGUGGAAGAAACUCAAAAUAUUAUUAAGUUAUUUACAUAAUGACGCCUCCUUACUUUUUCAUAUUUACCAUGUCCUUCCAUCAAGGAACUUUUUAAAAUGUUACUUUGAUUUCCAAACAGGUACAGAAUAGAGUAGGUACAUACAUAGCGAAAUUCUUCGUCCUAUGGUACACUUGUAAAGGAUAAUAUAAUAAACAAUUUGAUAGACUUCG